AUGAGUUCAAAUGAUAAUAUUACUGAGAUACUAAGUAGGUUUUCUAGCUCUGCUUCGCAGCUUGCUGAUCUAAUAGGUCGUUCAUCAUCUGACAAUGGUGUAUCUAAUGCAUUAGAAAAUGCAAGGAGCUCUCUAAAUUCUCUUCGGUCGGACACGAGGCUGGCCAACGACGUCUCCCGUUCGUUUCGUUCGAAUCCUGGUACUUCGAGUGGCUCCUCAACUAGUCGAGCAACCCUACCAUCUGUUACCAGGCAGCAGAGGUCCUCUUCUUCUCACCGCUUUGCUCCUUACAGACAAAGCGGUAAGAGAGGAGCAGGGCGUGAACCAAAACGGUUCGACAUGAUGCUCAGGGUCGUCGAUCACGUCCCGGAACUGUUUGAAGAAACCAAGAGCAUCUCCAACUACCAAGGUCAGGCCAUACUAGAAACGGCGUUUUUUUUAACCGAGGAUCAGACAGAAGAUUUAGUAAGGGAAAAGAUAAUGGGUGUCAUCCGUCGGCAGUUUCAAGAUUUUGAUGGGCAGUUUUCUUAUGCAGCGCGGAGAAAUAGGAACUUUCUCACUUUAGUGGCCGACCAAAAUCUUGAUGCACGGGGAGUAUGGACCUUAAAAGGGAAUGGUGCCGUUUAUGUCGUGCUGGAUUCUCCCGCAACACCGACUAAUGAGGUAAGCCACGACCCGUAAAUGAAAAAACAGAUAAGUGCUUGUUGUAAACUAAUUUCCACGACGCUUAUUACUUAACUGGAGGCGCGUAGCGUAACGAUUUUUUAACCGCAAUUAUUUUAAAGCCAGAAUAGAGGGCUUAAGGUUUAUAGCCAUACGGAGGGGAUAUGUGAGUGAUAACAAUUUUGCGUCAACCUUUGUCACCUUAACCUGCAUAGACUGAAUAAAAAAAUAUAUCGACUUUCCGGAAGAACUUAAUUAGUACGGUCGAACAGAUAAGAGGUAGUACUUGAAAUAGUGGAUCUCUGGGGUUUUGCGGAUUAAGUCCUUCGUCCUAUAAAAAAUAGUACUCUUUUCUUAACUUAAUGACUCUGUGCUUUGACUAGGACGAACCUGAGGAGGAACACGUCGUAACUCCGCAGAUGCACUUAAGUCCUGUGGAAGUGGAAGAAAGGGGGAGACAGGUAAUAUCCAAUGUGCCUUUUUCUCAUUCCUUUAUUCGCCACGUGACUUAGAACCUCUCACAGUGUUUCCUGAUUAAACAAGAAGAAGACAUAUUGCGUGGGUGUGCUAAGGGGGGAAGGGGGGGGGGCAGUAUCCCAUAUUUCGGCUGUACGUGCAUGUAUAUGUGCGGCCAAAAGGAUACGGAUUUACAGAAAUACAGUCCUCGAAUAGGGAAUAUGAGAGGUUUUACUUCAUUUGCAUGCUUUUAUUUAAUAGUAAUUUUCCCGCUCAUCUUUUAACAGCGGACGUGUGUAUGUGUGUAUGUAAGGGUGUAUGUAUGUUUGUAUGUAUGUAUGCAUUAUUAUCAUUAUUAAUCUUAUUAUUACUAUUUUCAUUAACAUCAUCAUCAUUAUCAUCAAGUGCAGGUACACGGAAAGUUGUAUCGUUUUUUGGGGAAAAAGAACUUUUUAUCAUUCAUAGAUAUCAUCUUAUUGUUGAAAUGUAGAUAGCUUUCAAAAUUAAUGUUUCACUUUAUUAUGCCUUAUUUUAUCACCCAAAUCUGUACAACUAAUUUCAAUAAUUAAUUACUUUUUUUUUUUCGUUUUAUUUGAUACAGCCACUGUGUGUAGGGUAAAAGGGGGAGCUAUACAGUAAAUUGUGUAUUUGAGUAUAUAUUAUUUGUUACGUUUCUUAGUUUCUUUCAUUUUUUUUCCUCUUUUUGGCAGUUUCGGCGUACUCUCUUAAACGAAGAUAAUUCUGUCGUCGCCGACUCAAGGGGUGCUAUUUCCAAUUUCCGGGCUGAAGAGGCAACGAGUAAAGUAAGCCGUGACAGAUUUUUUUUCCCCUCCUUCAGUCUCCGUUAUCCAGCAUUCACUCUCCACAAAAAGAAAAGUGACCAUGUUUAUGAACUUUCCCUUUCCAUUUAUUCUGAAAUGCGAUGUGACAUCACUCCUCUUGUAUGGAUAGGGUGCUGGCACACGUAGGCUAAUUUUGAACAAUCGCGAACAAUGCGGUACCUGUCUUACUUUGAUUUUUUUUUUUGGGAAACAGGUUUUCCGUGGUCAUCGUGAGACCGGAGAGCUGCAACUGAAAAAGUCUAGUUUAAAAGAAACAGGUGACGUACAUUUCAUAAAAUAUUCCGCCAUUUUUUAUUACCUGCCAGCCGCCCAUGGUGGGCUUCUUCGCAUGGGUAUUGGACUAGUGUGAUGGAUAGGACAGGCCAUUCGACAACCCAAAUACAUUUCAAAAUACUUUCAUAUGUUUGACAAGCCUGUUUGGUUAAUUUGAACUUGCCCUGCACGAAACUGUGCUCGAAGCUGUCAGCUGCCCUGAUAAGACAGGUCCGAAGUUCGAGGAUAGACAACAUUACUUAUACUACUCUAGCCGCAUUUUCAUUAAGACCGAAUUUUCAGAAGGCCUUUUAUAAAACUAAUUGCAAUGUCUUAGGCUAAAAAGGUGAAAGAAACGUCCUUCCAAAACCAUGGGUAAACGUUUAGGAACACUCCGCUCAUCUUACAAGAACAAUACGGUUAUCCCGGAAUGUAUAUAUGCUACAUGUUGCUCUUUUCAUUUUAGCCUUUCUCGAGCUAUAAAAAUUCAUGAAUAAAGGCAAAUCUCACCGAACAAAAGUCACUACGUGCUGCCCCAAUAUAACUUUGAUUUCCUUCUUAAUACAACUGAAAGAGUUGGUCCUUUAAUGGGAAAAAAACAUUACCUCUUUUAUUUAUAGGAUUAAUGAACCUAGGAGGGCGUAGAGGUGGCUUAGUGUCAGUUUUGUGUGUAUUGCAAUGGAUCCACCCAAUCAUGAGCCUUGUGGAGAAAGGGAGCAGCGAAUUUAUUAAAAAACUUCAACAGGUAAAAUCAGUUUCUCCGAUGUUUUAAUAAAGGUAGAACCUAUUGUAAAGUUGGAGUCAUAAGUUUAAGCUACUGAUGACCAAAGAAAUUUGACACUACAUGAGUUUUGUCUUCUGUCUGCAAAUAUGUUUCACAAAAGUAAAUCUGGAGUUACUGGGUACGAACGACGCUAAUAAAAUUGUACUCUUUUUGUCUUCUUGAUAUAUAUCAGUGCUUUGCAGUUAGAGGUAGUGCGGAUGUAAGAGUAAGGGGAGUGCUAGAUUCCAUUCUUUCGGGGAUGGAAAUAACAACCGGGAAGGAUGAUACAAUGGAAGCAAACGCAAUAUUGGACAGUUUGUUGCGUUGCAUAGCAGAAAAUGAAGUGGUAAGUAAAUGCAGACUUAUAGUUCAAAUUAAAAACUGGUAAACGUGCAGCGAGCAACCAUGAGGCUGCUGAACGCCUUACGGUAUUAAAUCAACUGAGUAAAUCCCGUUUAAUUCGUUUGGUUUAUACUAUAGACAGCUGGAAUCCUUGGCAAGUUACUAGCGGGCAAAAGGUCUACUCGCACAACGCUCAACAGUUCACAGUCAGAGGAAAUCACCCUAGAGGAAGACAUUGAGGAUUCUUGCCGUAUCCUUUCAAACCUGAAAUCCUCCCUUACUGUAACAGCCUCAUUCUCCAAAGAUCAACUCUACUGUAUUAAGAUUUAUAUCCUUGACUUUUGUUAGUGACUAUGACGCUCACUAUAAAGAUUCGGUCAUCUUCUGCCAACUCCGCAAGCAUGGAUGAUCGUUUGCGCGAUGUUCUGAAUGAAAAUUUAAAAAGUAACAGUCCCCUACCGUUUUCGGACUGGAAGCAGACAUGGAAAGAUAGAUAUCCCAAUCAACACACAGGAGGUCAGGAGACAGCAACCUACAUAUAUUUCACUGCUUGCUUGCUGUUAGCGUAUAUCAACUAUUACAUUGCAAUUCAAUAUUGCCGGUCUGUUUUCGACAAUUUAUCGAUAGUAGUCGAUGUUUGAUUCAUAGGGCAGCGCAUCUUUCUUUCCUUCCAUUCUUUUUUUUUUUUCUCGCAUUUCUUUUCUUUUUUUUAACGUUAGCGUUGUUGAUACUCGCGUAGUUGGCUUGGUUACUCGUGAUUAUCUUGCUCCUGCUUGUUGAAUUAAACUUUUUUUUUCUUGCAAUAGCCAAGGAAGCGGAUUUGUGUGCCAUUAGCUGUCAACUGUGGAAAGAUUGUCCCGAUUGCCUUAUUGUAGGUCUCGAUAGAACCUCAAAACGCGGGAAAAUGGUAAGGCUUCAGACACAGGCAGUAUAUUACUCGGGCCAAACUACUUUACCGUUAACUCUUUUGUUUCUUUGUUUGUAAUCAAAUUCAGUUACCAUAAAAUUCCGAAAAUAAGCCCCGGAGCUUAUAUUUUUCAAAGGCCCCGUUUGGAGGGGCUUAUCUAUGGAGGGAAAUUUGCGUUUCGAAAUAGAUUGGGCUAGCCUUAUUGUUGGAAUUAAAUUUACCGUUUUUGCUUUGUUUUACUCUGUAUUUGAGGGCAACUUUCAAGUACAAGCCACCCCCCCGGGGGGGGGAGCGUAUAUUUAGAGGGGCGAUCUAACAGAGGGUUUUUUGCCGCGUUACCGGUUUGGGGGGUUUAUAUUUGGAGGGGCUUACUUUCUGAAUUUUACGGUAUUUUCAUGAUUUCUUGAUUAAAGAACACUAAAACAGUUUUGGUGGACACCGACAUCCCAGUCGAGGACCUAUUAAAGCCCGAGCACGAAACUCUCCAUUCAAUAGAUAGCACUUCUGGAGAAGGCUAUAAAUUGUUUGACCUUGUCGUAACAGCAGAGGAUGGAAGAUUUUACUCCUGUGUAAAACCAGAGGCUGAAGCGGAUAAAUGGUAAGCACCUUCAUUGAGGAUUGCAUAAAUUGAUUGUUCUCUCUCUCUCUCUCUCUGCCUUUUUUUAAAAUCGUUUAUAAACGUAUUCAACUAGGCGGGUCAUCCUUCUAGCCGAGCUAUUUUCCCGCUUCUUGUCAAUGUUAAUGGUUCGCCAAGUUUGGCAAGAAAAUCUAUAAAAGGUUUGCUAGCCAUGGGGAGCCUAGCCGACCUUGGGAGGACAAGUGACUCUUCUUGUUCUCUUGCGGAUAUAAGGAAACUAGCCGGCUCUGACAUUUUUGGCACGUGUUAUAAAGUGAAGUAACGGUCAACUAUGCCUUUAUUUUUAUAGGGCUGUGUACGAUGGCUUAAAAGUUAAAGAGUAUGUUAUGACCAAUGGUUUAUUGCGCACCUUAUCCGGAGGACAGGACCACGAUCUUUAUAAUAUCCUUUAAAUACGGACUAGACUAACCUAGCCAAAUUAUUGGCUGAAAGUGUCAAAACGUCGCGAGAUCCGCAGCCCUUUCAAAUGUUGUAAUGAAAAGAAAUCAUUGUAGCUUGUGCUGUUAACGUGUUCUUUAUUUCACUUACUCUACAUGACAUUAAGAGGUAGAUUUUCCUUGACUGUUCAUACCUAUUGCCGUCUAUACCAUUUCUUGGAGUAAUAUUCGAAAGCCGAUCGCUCCAUCUCCAAAUAAGCAGGAAGAAGCACUUCUCGGCUAAGGAUAAUCAAAACCUUACAGAAUUAAAGGCUAUUCCAAAAUAGAAUCGCCUACAGGUUAAUACUUGUUGCAAACGAACUUUUGCCCUUUCUAGUAAACAUAUUAAUUAGACCACCAUCUGAUUUUUUAAACUCUACUUGCAGUGUUGGAAGUGAAGAAGAUUGCGUGAUCAUCAAAGAUGUCGGUACGUAAAAGUCCUCACUGCGCAUUCAGCAACAUGUAAUGAUUCGCCUGAUCAUAUUUUUUGUAAUCUUAACCCGUCGGUAAAUAGCCGCGAACACCUUGAAUAUGAAGAAUAGAUAUGUCUGAGAUUGAACGUAGUGGCCAAAAUUGCCUAGCCAAUUAUUAUUAUUCUUUUUUUGACAGUUUUAGCAAGGAAAUGAUUCAGAAGAAAAAUUUUUACAACACUUACUGAAAACAUAUCACAAAAAUUCGAAGAAUAACAAAUUUUACAACAUUCUAGACUAAAAAGAGAAAAGGCAAAGAAGGGCCCCGAGAAGGCCGCAAAUUUCACGAAAGUUUCAUGACAUACACACACUUAUGUACGUUCAUACAUACAUACAUCUAUCUAUUGUUGCCCCCUAACAAGGGCGUUUUAAAACCAAUAGUACAAGUAAAAAAAGGAACAGAAAUCGUACAUAAAUAUAAUAACUGUAUAAUAAUUGCUUAAUAUGUUAACAUAAUUCGCUUAAAUUUUCUCCAAAAGCAAUGAAAGUGUUUAAGAUACUUGACGUCCUCAUGUGCUUGCUUAAUCCAUUCCAGAUUUGAACCCCUCUAUAGGCAACACGACGCUGACAAGUUGGCAAGCAACAACGGCAAACAUUUAGGUUGUAAAUUGCAAAAGUAACAGGAAUUUUUCUUGCUGUCUAAAGAGACGGAGUAACUAAUAUCGCAAGAAUAACAGGAUAUUUAAUGUUUUCUGUUUGCAAUCAAAAUUCUUGUUAGUUAGUGCGAAUGUUACGGACUUUUGGGGGGUCUUCUUUGCCUUUCUUCUCUAAGUCUUUGCAUGAACGAAUUGAAUUUAUUGAACUUAUUAUUAGGCUUCAAAUUAAAUAUUAAAAAUGUAACGUAAUCUGUAAUACUUCGUUCACACUUUCCAGUGCGACAUGAAGAGGUUUUACAUCGCAUGGAAAAGGCCAUGAAGGAUUUUAUUGGGCUGGAAACUCUGAAACAGCAGUUCCUAAGAUUUACAAGAACGCAGCUUCAGAACGACAGAAGAAAAAGGCUUGGGCGACAAAUACAGCAGGACACACCUUUACACCUAGUUUUCGCUGGUAAUCCUGGUACAGGAAAGACACCAUUUGCAAGGCGUGUAGCAGGUGAGAAUUCCAAAGUUUCAUAACAGAAAUAACCUAUGGGAAAAAAGGUUACAAUAGAGGGCUGAUUUUAGAUUUUUUUUUACCUUUGAGUUUUAAAGCGAUGCCAUUCCCACGGCUUGUACAGUUUCCGCAACACUUAAUUUAUAAGUGCCCUAAAUCAACCUGGACAAUGUCAUAUCUUAUCAUAUUCUAGCCCCAUUGUAAUUAUAGGGUGAAUUUCUAUCCAUUGACGUGAUGACGAGUUAGAAAAAGAGAAUUAGCGAGAUCAAAUAUUGCAUGUAUUGAUUAUGAUUUUCUCCAUGACUAUGAUGUAAUUGCCAUUGAAUUCUACUUUCUCCGUAGACCUGCUCUUCAGCAUAAAGAAAACUAAAAAAAAUAAAAUCGUGGAGGUCCAAAGAUCUGACCUUAUAGGUCAGUAUCUAGGAUCAACCACAGAAAAAACAAAACAAAAAAUUGUGGAAGCUCGUGGUGGCGUCCUAUUUAUAGAUGAGGCCUACCGGUUAAUACCGACCGCUGGUGGCAAGGACUUCGGCCGUGAGGCCAUCGAGGAGUUGAUGGCCGUUAUGGAGGAUGGCGACCCGGUAAUGAUCUUCGCCGGGUACGAAGACAAAAUGGAAAAGUUCCUCAAUGUAAAUCCUGGACUGAGGUCUAGAAUUUAUAGAAAGUUCACCUUUCCCGAUUAUUCGACCGACGAGCUUGGGGAAAUUUUUCAUCUAAAGGCCAAACAAGAGAGAUUCCAGGUGGAUGCCAACGUGGCGGAAAUUCUCGCUGCGCACACAUCACCUGCCCAAAGAAAAAAUAUGAAUGCGCGCCUGGUACGAAUCUUGUUUCACGAAAGUGUUGAAGAGGCAAGCAACAGAUUACCACUUAAUGCCACUUUAUCACAGUUAAUGGAAUUGAAGGAAGACGAUGUAGUGUCAGCUUGCGCUCGUCUUCCCUCAGUUCCAGAAGGAGAUUCUUCUUCUUGA